GAUGUGACCUUAAAUAUGAGCUUGACAGGGUAAAAGAGAAAAUCUAUGAGGAAUUCAUAAUACAAAAACACCCCCCAAUUUACAACCCAGAUCAAUUCGCUGAAUUUUGCCACUCAGCCGGAGCCGAGAAUAUAUUCAAUCACAUUCUAAUGUCUGUUACCAGUGAGCGGCACUCAAGCUCCCGACAGGAACUCAACAAAAGAAGAACAGUUUGCAUAAUUUACAAAAUGUGUUACUGCCUUAGCCAACUCUGCAACAUCAUGCAAGUAGACCAUGCAAUAUAUUUAAACUCCAAUAAUGUCAACCAAGAAGGUAUGAAUACCGAAUUCCAACUUGGAAAUACCUGCAGCCGAAAAACAAGCAAUAUCAAGCUCAACAAGUUGUCAAAUGAUCACCACAACAACCUAGAAACAUUUUUUUCUGAAGCUAUAAAGAAUGAAUGGCUACUUGUGCUCAUUAUUGAUGAUUUCACAAAAAUCCACACCAAUAGGCGCCCAAACCAUCAACAAUUUUCAAAUUGUAUGAGCAUGUGUACCAUUGUCAUUAAGGCAUUCAAAUCCCUCAAAGCUAUCAAAAAGCCAAAAAAUAUUUCUAAGAUCCAUCAUCAUGAGGGUGUAAAUAUCAAAGCCUGCAUAGAUGCUAUAACAGCUCCAGAGUCAAUGGCACUGCUUUCCAGCACCUACGCAAGUACCAUGCCUCAUUGGUUAACAAAGUCAUUUUUUACCCCUGACCUAGAAAGGCACAUUCUAGAAGAGCACCUUUAUUGUGAUGACAGCGGCGUGCGACACAUGAGGACGAUGGAUAACCUUCAUUUGAUAAACUUUAUGGAACUGCAGCUGAAGUCCAAGGAAGAGUUUGCUACUGCAUAUGAUAUGGCCUUAACCGGUGGUUUGAAAAAAUAUCUAAAGAAGUUUGUUGUGGUCCAGCCUGGAGAUUGGCCUAGUCAAUUUUAUGGUAGGCAGAUAGUAUAUGAAUAUGUCACCCGUCAGACAAAAAAUUUUCAGAUAAAUUCUGGAAGCAUUACCUCCAAUGGUCCAACUUCAAGUACACCACGCCAACCAAUGUUGAAUGUUCCUGCGCCAUCUAUAACAUCUGUUGUUCCAACCAUGGGCCCACUCCAUAUCUCACUAAGCAGCAGAGAACAUAUUUUCAUGAGUUUCAAACCAUUCUUUAGGAAAGUGUACUGUCACCUUUUCCCAAGAUGUAAAUUGGCAGAAACACCCAAGCCAUGGAGAAUAAAUUUGAUUCUAGAAAUAGUUUAUGGUGGUUGGACCCUUAUCAGAGAAAGAGCUAAAGUUUUGUUCCAAUAUUCUAAAGAUCUUCAAUAUGGAACACUUCUUAACCUUCUGGAUAACUACCUCCCACUUGUUUUGUCAAUUUACACAAUAACUUUUAAGACAAAUAACUUUAAGGAAUAUUACAAUGCUAUGGUUAGAAUAUGGGUGAUGUUCGUGUGCCUCAAGCGUCGUCAUUACAACAAAGCACCACUUGUAUGGUUGUCCUGCACCAAUCACUGGGCUAAAAAUUACAGUGAACUGUAUGAUCAUUUCUGCAAGUGGCCAACAAUAUUUGACGAAUAUCCUGUGGAAAAUACACACAGUAUUCUCCGGGCACAGACGAAACCAUCAGACACGGCUGAGAAACUGACAAGUAGGGCCAAAAGUAUUUUUGAGUCCAAACAAAGACAAGCCAACUUCCGUUCUAUAUUUACCCCUCCCAAGCAGUUCAAUUUCUCCCAACAGCAGCUACAGUUUCUAAAAGCUAAAUGUGCACAAUUCUUGACAAGCAUACUUUCAAUGAUCCACAGCAAACCUGGAUCAGCUUCCCUGAGCACAGAGAAGAAAACAAGAUAUGUUUGCUUACCUGAUAUAUUUGGAAUGAUAAAGAUGAAAUACAUAAUUCUUCCACUCGGUUUUAAUGCUACCACAGUUCCAAAUGAAAACUGCAGAUGUGACAAUAAAUCAUGCACCGUUCACAAUCCAAAUGAACCAUGGCAGCUAUUCCAAGGAUGGUGGCACUCGUUUCACAAAACAUGUUUGAAUGGUACGCCUUCCUGUCCUUUAUGUAAGGAAUUGUUGACCAAACAAGUUCAGGAAUUAGGACUGGUGGCUAAAGAGGCAAUUUUACAUCCACGAAAUGACAGAGUAACCAGUACCAAUGACUGCACAGAUGCAGAUGUUACCUCGUGCCAUACAGGUUACUUUUUGCCAGUUAGGAUUACCAAUGCAUACACAAUAGUUGCUCCAAAACUUUAUUUAUUAUAG